UACUACUUUUUAUGCCUAACAAACAAGAAACAGUCAGUUUAGCUUCAUUUGAUCAUCCUUGAGAGCAUCAGUAGCAUUCUGAUCAGAAACACUUUUUUCUUUCUUUACUUCAAGAGAUUUUUCAAUGGAUAUACUUUUUAAUGCAGUAGGUGGCUUUGUUGUUGAGGUGGGAAAGUUUGUGUCUAAAUGCAUCUAUCCUAAGAUUGAAAAUAUCGUCCGUUUCUCGUCAAAAAUUGAAAAUCUAAGGAAGGAAAUGGAGAAGCUAACGAAGUUUAGAGAUGAGAUCAAAGAGAAGGUGGAAGGAGCUGAGGGAGAAGGCUAUAAGCGAAAACCAGAUGUUACCAAGUGGAUAGAAGAUGUUCAGAAGCUCGACAAUGAAUGGGAAGUUAUGCAAGAAAGCAUUGCAGCGGCUAAGAUGCUUGCGUAUAAAUGUUGUCCAAAAUGCAGCCUUCGCUCGGAAGUCUCCACUCAAGCAAAGUACAUCCGAGAUCAACAAUGCAGGCUUAUAAAGGUCGGAGAAAACUUUGGAUCCAAUUUGGUGGUAGAAAAUUACCGAAUGAAAAAAGUUGAGCUCAUCCCGGGACCAUCGAUAGAAGGCCAGUCAACAGCAGCAAGGAAUCUCCACAAAAUCCUCCAACUAUUGGAAGAUGAUAAGGUAAGCACCAUCGGUGUGUGGGGUACCGGAGGAGUUGGGAAAACUACUUUGGUGAAGAAUCUGAACAACGAGCUCUUAAAGAAUGUGCCAAGUUCCAAACUUUCUUUUGGCGUUGUGACAUGGGUUACAGUGCCCAAACCUCCAAUAGACGUAAGAAAGAUUCAAGAACAAAUUUCCAGCAGAUUAAACCUGAAGGUUGAUAAAGAGGGAAGUGAUAAAAGCAUUUCGAGCAAAAUCUGUGAAAGGCUCAAGGAAGAAAUGAGUUUUCUUCUCAUAUUGGAUGAUGUUUGGGAAGCUAUAAAUUUGGAUGAUGUAGGUGUGCCCCAACCUGAAUAUCCCGCGAGAAGCAAGGUCAUUAUAACUUCGCGUUUUUUGGAUGUUUGUAUGCAAAUGAGGACAGAUGUCGAAAUGAAGGUUUACACAUUGGACGAGGAUGAAUCUUGGCAACUGUUUGCCAAAAAUGUGGGAGAUAUUGUCAAUCAGGAGCAAAUCCAUCCAUUGGCAAAGGAAAUUGCAAGAGAGUGUGAUGGUUUACCUUUAGCCAUCACUGUUAUUGGAUCAUCUAUGAGAGGGAAGACAAGGGUCGAGCUCUGGGAAGAUGCUUUGGAUUCACUUGGAAGGUCUGAACCUUAUAACAAAAAUGUAAAAGAUAAGGUUUACAGUGUCAUCAAGUGGAGUUAUGAUUCUUUAGAAUCUCAAGAUAUUCAAAGUUGUUUCUUGUAUUGCUCGUUAUAUCCAGCAGCUAUUCCGAUAGAUGAUCUCAUACAUUGCUGGUGGGCGGAGGGGAUCCUCGGUGAACAUGAUACGUAUGAUCAAGCCUACAACAGGGGAAUCAAAUUGGUUGAGAGUCUAAAAGAUGCCUGCUUGCUAGAAGCCGAUGAGAUGGAGAUUGUGGAUUGUGUGAAGAUGCACGACGUGGUUCGUGAUGUUGCUAGAUGGAUAGCUAAUACAUUUGGUGAUAAGAGCACUUCUGUUUUUCAAGCUGGAAUUGGGUUGACCGAGAUAUCACGUAUUAAAAUAUUAGCUUCUGUGAAGAGACUAUCUUUCGUAAGCAACAGAAUUGAAUGUCUACCUGAUUUCACAAAAUGCCCAGAGACAACAUCUUUGCUUUUGCAAGACAAUGAACCCCUUGAGAAGAUACCCCUGGAAUUCUUUUUGGCAUUUCCAGUACUAAGAGUUCUGAACCUGAGUCAUACUGGUAUCAAAGCACUGCCUUCUUCCAUCAAUAGAUUAUAUCAACUGCAUGCUCUAAUAGUACAAAAUUGUCGGGGGUUGACAGAGUUACCACCUAUUGGUGAUCUUCACAAGUUGCAAUUGCUUGAUUGUCAUAAUACAAAGUUAUAUUGUCUGCCACAAGGGCUGGAAAAGUUGACAAAUCUGAGGCUAUUAAAUAUGCUUGCUGUUGAUUUGAAGAGCAUCAACAAAGGAUUUUUCCUCAAAUUGCCUAGCAUUGAAAUGUUAAAUCUGUCGUAUACCUCUGUUGGAGCGACUUCUUUUGGAGAGAUAUCAUCUCUACAGAAUCUGACUUAUCUUUCUAUUAAAGUGGAUAGCUCAUCAUUUUUCAAUACCGAUUACACCUGGAUGACUAGAUUGAAAGGAUUUCGCAUUGAAGUUGGGGAAACCUUAACUUACGUACCAUGCGACAAGUCAAUGAGGCGGAUAAAUGUCUACAAGUGUGAAAUUUUCAGUAACGGAGAGAUCUCAGGCAUGUUGCAGUUUGCUUCAGAUUUGUUCUUGUUCGAAUGCAUGGGUCUCAGGAAGUUGAUUGCAUACAACACUUUUGAUGGAUUAAAAUCACUAAACAUGCAGAGGUGUUCUUGUUCUUUCGGGCCAGUGGAAGGAGGAAGUGGACAAUUUGACCCUUUGCCAAGUCUGGAAUAUCUCGACCUCCAUGUCGUAGAAAAUUUAAAGAGUGUUUCUGAUUUUGGUAAAUAUUUGGGUCUAAGAUUUUCUAAAUUACGCCAACUGAAUAUCUCUCAAUGUGCAAGUUUAACAUGUCUUUUCAACGAUGGUGGAGCUUGUUUUGUGCCCAAGCACUUGGAAGAAAUUACAAUUUAUUAUUGUAGAGAUCUGGUAGAGUUGUUUGUGCAAUGCAGCUCAAGUGAUCAGGCAACACUUAUCAACUCAGAAAUUCCAACAGUUCGGAAGUUAUUGUUGUACGAAUUACCAGAACUAGGAACGUUGGGGGAGCCACAGAGCAUGUGGGAACACUUGGAGGAACUCACGGUGAUCGAUUGUGACGGAUUAAGGAAGUUGGCACUCUCUAUUCAAACCUCCAAAAACAUCAAAAUAAUAGAAGGAGAAUCAGAAUGGUGGAGCCAACUGGAAUGGGAUGAUGACAACUUCAAGUCAAAUUUAGAGCAUUGUUUUAUACAAUCCUACUGGUGAUAUGAGACACAGUUAAUCGAUGGAGUUUCCUGUCCUACAUCUUAAGAUUCUUAUGGCAAUUACUGUUCCUUGUUUGUAAUAUCGUAGUUUUUUCUUUCUUCUGUGUUCAAAACUUUUAGAGCUUUCUUAAA